AUGGCCAAGGGACCUCGAAGGCUGGUGCUGGGGUUCCUGCUACUGCCUCUGCUCUGUGCCGCCAUCCUGCGUCCCAAUAUCGCGCCUCUUCGUCUCUGGAAGUUGCAGUUAUCCCAUUGGUCCAACAAUCUCAUAUUGAUCGGAAGAAGCGGCAGCGCAAAUACUGAGGAUGUGGAGUUCACACGGUUUCUUCUGCGGAGACUAGUACGAGGAAAAGCCCGAAGGGAGCUGAGCCAGGAUGGCAUAUCCUGCAUAUCGGAUCCCGAGUCCGACCUAUGCGUCACUACAGACGCCGUCAGGAUAUCCACCGCCACCUCCUCCUCUCCAGCCACCGUCUACCUCACCGCCGGCCAGCAACUUCCCCCCGGCUUCAACUCUUUCGUCCUCCGUCCCUACCCCCGGAAGACCGACUCCUUCGCUAUGCAGCGCACGGCCCCCGUCCACCUCGUCGCCGCCCACUCCAAUUCCCCGCCCUGCGACCUCACCCACCCAUUCCCUGCGAUCCUCUUCUCCAUCGGCGGCUUCGCCGGUAACUUCUUCCACGACGUCAACGACGUCCUCAUCCCCCUCUUCCUCACCGCCGGCCACCUCCGUUCCCGGGCCCAACUCCUCGUCGCCGACUUCGAACCUUGGUGGACCCAGAAGUACCGCCGCGUCCUCUUCCACCUCUCCUCCGCUGCCGACCUCGCCGUCGCCUCCUCUCCCUCGACCCCCGUCGAGCCGAAAGUCCACUGCUUCCCGGCGGCCGUGGUGGGCCUCAAGUACCACGGCAACCUCCUCUGCAACUCCUCCGACGCCCCCGGCGGCGUCUCCACCCUCGACUUCCGGCGCUUCCUCCACAGCGCCCUCGGCCUAAAGGAAGAUCGUGCGGCGGGGGUGGAGAGGCCGGUGCUGGUGCUCAUCUCGCGGCGGACGUCGCGGGCGCUGCUGAACGAAGACGGGGUGGUGGCGCUGGCGAGGGAGGUGGGGUUCGAGGUUGAGGUGGCGGCGCCGACGAGGAUGACGAGCGUGGGAGAUUUCGCCGGGGUGGUGAACGGGUGCGGGGUGCUGAUGGGGGUGCACGGGGCGGGCCUGACCAACAUGGUGUUCCUGCCGGCAGGAGCGGUGGUGGUGCAGGUGGUGCCGUGGGGGCUGGACUGGGCGGCGGCGGCGUACUACGCGCGUCCGGCCAGGAGGAUGGGGCUGCGCUACAUUGAGUACCACACGGCGGUGGAGGAGAGUACGUUGUAUGAUAAAUAUCCCAAGGAUCAUCUGGUUCUCGUCGAUCCAUGGUCGAUAAACCGGCAAGGGUACAAUGUAAGCCGACCGAUAUAUACUGAUGGCCAGAACUUGACGCUGGACCUGGCGAGGUUCAGGGAGACGCUAUUGCAAGCGUUGGAGAUGCUCCCCCGGCCCACCCGUCUUUGCUGAAGCUGGAUGAUUACGAUGAAUUAAGUAUGCGGAGAGUCAAAGCAUUUUGUUUUGUUUUGUUUUUUAGUUUUUUCUUUUUCUUUUUUGGGUAAGACAAAGCUAUUUGUUUGUUACCAAA